AAAAUGUCAGUGCGUCUUAUGGAGCGAAUAUGGAGCGGCCGGUCCGAUAUUUCCACCGCCGCCGUGUCAGAAUACCGGGCCAGCCGCUCAGCUCUGCAGCGGGACCUUAUGGAGAUGACUGCUGACCUUUGGGGAGCGAGUACAUGAUUUUGACAGGUACCCGCUCUUAUUUCCGCAGAGUUGUUCUUUGAUCUUACCUGUCAGCAGUCAGUUCUCCUGUACUGUCCGCAGUCUCUGGUCAUCCCUGUGCUGUCUGUAGUCUCUGGUCAUCCCUGUGCUGUCCGCAGUCUCUGGUCA